AUGGGUAUCGCCGACAUGUUCGUUGAGUUCGUGAGCUCGCUGAGCUUCGGAGAGGUCGUUGAGGCCGAAGCCCCCCCGGCUGAGGAGGUCGAGGACUCGUCUUCUGCCGGUGAAGAUACGCCUGACGAGGACAAGUCGGAGGAUGCCGAGGAAGAGGCCGAGGAGGAAGAAGAGGAAGAGGAGGAGCCAGAGGAUAUCAUGCCCAAGUUGGUAGAGGUCGAUAUCGAUUGCGUUCAGCAGCAAGUAACUAACCAAAUUGCUUUGAUAGAAUGCUCAAACUCCAAGGCCUGUGCCCCUGCUAAGCACCAUUUCGACGACUGCGUUGAGCGUGUCACUCGCAACUCCGAAGAUCCCGAGUUCAAGGGCCCCCACGAGGACUGCGUUGAAGAAUUCUUCCACCUCCAACACUGCGCUACCCAGUGCGCUGCUCCCAAGCUCUGGCGCGAAUUGAAAUAG